AUGUUGAAGAUACUAUUCUGUAUUAGUCAUGGUUUAUUUAUUGUUGGUGUGACAUAUUCGGUUACGGUUGCUCAUCAAUUAAAAAUUAAUUUGGAACCACCGAUUGAAACAAAACGUGAUAGAACUCUAUGGAUUGGGGGUAUGUUUCCGCAAGCUGGCGAGUGGGCAGGGGGAGAGGCAUGCUUUCCAGCAGCAUUGAAAGCACUAAAUGAGGUCAAUAGACGAAUAGAUGUGUUACCUGGAUAUUAUUUGAAUUUAAGUGCCUAUGAUACUCGAUGUUCUCCAGGACUCGGUACUACAAUAUUAUACGAAUUGUUAUAUAACAAAACAUUUGGUACUAAUAAUUCUAUAUUGAUGUUGCUUGGACCGGCCUGUAGUCCCGUAUCAACAGCUGUUGGUGAAGCUGCUAAAAUGUGGAAUUUAAUUGUUUUAUCCUAUGGUUCAAGUUCACCAGCAUUAUCAAAUCGUGUUCGAUUUGCAACAUUUUUUCGUACUCAUCCACCAGCUACUCUUCAUAAUCCAACACGUAUUAAAUUUUUUCAAUUAUUUAAUUGGAAACGAAUAGCAAUUCUAAUUCAAACCGAAGAAGUGUGGCAAUCGACAGCUGAACAUCUUGAACAACUAGCGCGAGAAAAUAAUAUUCACGUUGCUGUUCGUCAGCUAUUUGAUAAUGAUCCAUCACAUGCAAUUAGUAAUUUGAAAAAAGAUGAUAUUCGAAUAAUCGUUGGACUGUUCUAUGAAGAAAAGGCAAGAAAAGUAUUUUGUAAAGCGUAUCAACAAAAUUAUUUUGGAGAAGGUUAUGUUUGGUGGACAAUAGGCUGGUAUGCUGACAAUUGGUUUCUAAAAGUGAAUGAUAUUGAUUGCACCGAAGAGGAAAUGGCGAAAGCUGUUGAAGGCCAUUUUACUACUGAAAUACAAAUGCUUACGGAUUCAACGCAGGAAACAAUAUCUGAUAUAACACCACAACUAUUUAUUGCUGAUUUAAAUUCUACACUUCGUGAAUUAUUUCCCUAUAAACCAGUUGAAAGUGUAGGUGGUUAUGUAGAGGCGCCGUUGGCCUAUGAUGCAACAUGGGCACUAGCACUUGCUUUAAAUCGUUCAUUAACACGAACAGAUUUGGAAAAAUGGUCAUACGAUAAUCUACAAAUGAAAAAUAUCAUGAUGGAAGAUAUGGAGAAUACACAAUUUUUCGGUGUAUCCGGUUUUGUUAAAUUUGAUAAACAAGGAAAUCGAAUGUCAAAAAUUGUCGUCGAACAACUUCGAAAUGGUGUUUAUCAUCGUAUAGCAAGAUUUGAUGCACAAACAGGUAUUAUUGAAUGGUUGAGAAAAGAAGAAAAAGAUGGAAAACGAUGUUGGAAUUAUAAAAAUAAUAGUUCAAUUGAACGGCGACCACCGUUUGAUCAAUUACAAAGAUCCGUACAAGUUCAACAAAUAUCUCGACCAUUAUAUAUCACAAUGAGUUGUUUUGCAGCAUUAGGAUUAAUAUUUGCAAUUGCUUGUUUAAUAUUCAACAUAGUUCAUAGAAAACACAAAAUUGUUCGACAAUCCAGACCUCAAUAUAACGAUUGUACACUCAUUGGUGGACUCAUUCUAUUAAUAGAUGUAUUUUUAUUAGGUGCUGAUAGUCAAACUACAAAUCCAAGCCGUUUUGUUCAAUUAUGUCAUGCAUAUAUGUUGGCAGCUGGGUUUUCCAUAUGUUAUGGUGCUCUAUUAGCAAAACUAAUACGGGCAUAUUUAAUUUCGACAAAAAAGGCAAUGAAUAAUUAUUUUGCUUCGUUUGAACUCUACAUCAUUAUUGGUACAUUACUAAUUAUUGAUGUGAUUGUGUUUGUCAUAUGGGCAUUAAAAGAUCCGCUAGAUUUCACAUCAGAAGAAACCAGAGAAGGACCGAUAACAAAUGAUGUUAAAACUGUUUAUCAAAUACAACAAUGUCGAUCAAAACAUCAUAUGGUUUGGAUUGGUUUAUUGUACAGUAUCAAAGGUUGUUUAAUUGUCGUUGGAAUUUAUCUUAGUUAUGAGACGCGUAAUCUUAAAUUAGAAAGUAUUAACGAUUCACAUUUAGUUCGAAUGUGUACUUAUAAUAUAUUUAUUGUCUGUUUAAUAUCGGCCUCAUUAACAUUAAUUAUUGAACGUAAUCAAGAUGCAGAUUUUGCAUUUGCAUCGAUCGCAAUUAUACUUUGUUGUUUUGUAUCGUAUGGACUUAUAUUUUUACCUAAAUUUUUAAGAAUUAUUCGUACGACAAACGAAGAAGAAACGACUAAUCAACAACAACAACCGAGUACAGAAGAUGAGGAAAAACAUAGAAAAUUAAUGACAGAAAAUGAGCAAUUAAAAGCGUUGAUAGCUGAACGUGAAGCAAAAGUAAAUGAAUUAAUUGAAAAAUUAAGAUUAAAAGGAAAUCAUAUUGUAAUAAGAGAUGUACAACGCUUUCAUAAUAUAAAUGAUGCUUCUAACGAAGAUUCAUCAUCGUAUAUGAUGAGACGUCGAUCAACGUUUUUAAGUCCAAUACCGAUGAGUGCGACGACAACAACAGCAAUAACUCAAUCAAAUAUAUCAAAUUCAAUAGAUAAUGAUUCGACUGUAAAAUCGACUAAAUUAGUAAGCAUAGACGAUGAAGUAAAUGGGAAUAUUGAUUUAUCAACGGGAGUUACAUCAAAUACACCUAAUCCGUGUAAAGAAUCCGUUUGUUAA